AUGGAGCCAGUCAGUCUCUUACCUAAAAUAUCUGCUGCUAGUGAUUGUGUUUUGGCAGGAGGUGUGUAUUAAAGUGUGUUCCUCUCUGUUUCAGGCUGUUCCAGACUUUCAAGAGACAAGACCGCGUAAUUAUGUGCUGUCUGCCAGUGCAUCUGCGCUCUGGAAUGAGGAGCUUGAUAAAGCGGAGCAUGAAUUGCGUGUUGCUCAGACAGAGUUUGACGGACAGGCUGAGGUCACCAGACUCCUCCUGGAGGGCAUCAGCAACACGCACGUGAAUCACCUGCGCUGCCUGUGUGAGUUUGUGGAAGCGCAGGCGAUGUAUUACAGUCAGUGUCACAAGUACAUGCUGGAGCUGCAGAGCGAGCUGGGCAGUUGCAGUGGAGACAUAAGAUGCCCCGACUCUUUGGAUGUGAAUUCCCAUCCCGCCAGAAGCCCCACGGACCCGUCUGCCUUCCUGCCGCUGAACUCUGCGUCUCCUCUGGAAACAGACGCUCUGCAGAUUGAAGAAGUUCAGCCGCCAGCCAGCGGCACACGCAAGGCCAAAGUGCUGUAUGACUAUGACGCUGCAGACUCCAGUGAGCUCUCGUUGUGGGCCGAUGAGCUCAUCACUGUGUACACAGUGCCUGGAAUGGACUCUGAUUGGCUGAUUGGAGAGCGAGGAAACCAGAAGGGGAAGGUGCCUGUUACAUAUCUGGAGCUGUUGAGCUAAAGAGGCGAGACACGCACACGCACACAUGCACACAGUUUACAGCUUUAACACCCAGCAAUGAGCAAACGGAAUCAUGGACACUUAUGAGAUCAACCCAUACAUACAGCUCUUUACCGAAAAGCAAACUAUUGUGUGUUUACAUGCAUGUCAAUGGGAUACUGAUUGACUGGGGCUUAAUUUUUUUGUUUUAUUUUAAUAUUUAAAAUGUUCAAGUCUCUGCCUAAACAUUAAACCCUUAUAAAUUAAUAAAUAGUGGGAUUAGUCAGGAUUAUAAUUCAUAGAACAUCAAAUUUUUUGAAAUCACAAAAUCACACCCGUGCAAAACAAAUCUCAGAACUAAUAAUUAAUUCACAAAUGCCUGAAACAUCCACUCAUUGUGAGCACAUGUAUGUAUGUAUGUAUGUAGCUGUUUUCUUCACCAAAAACUGUCCUGUGGGCAGUCAGAAUGACUUUCCUGCCUUCAGUAUACAAUUAAAAAAUCUUGAUUCAGCUUGUCCUGAAAGCUGAUGACAAAUAUAAGCUCAAUAUUUAAUGUACAAAGGUCAUCUACACCGUCUAAGCACUAACAUAUUUGCACUGUUUGGCAACUUUGUUUUCUAGCAGACCUCCGUAAGCCUAAAUUAAACACGGCCUUAACUGCAUCUCAUGCGGACAGAUGUAAUGUAGCUACAGCUAAUAAUGUCUACAAUAGCACCACUGUUAAAAAUAUUCCGUGGAGUGACCAUGUGAUAGAGAUCAGAAUAUGAAUGUUGAUCUCCAGCCUUAAAGUCUUCAUAAAACUUGUUUUUCUUGCAUGAGGAACUUGCCAGUGCAAUAAUACCUGCUCAUGCUCAGAAAAUUUACAGUUGCUCUGCUUUAAGUGCCACUUAAGUUAGAAUUAUUUUGAAAUCUCCUUUAAUUAGACAAUCAUAUGAAGUAUCUCCAUCUUAAGGCCCAUUUUGAAAUGAUUUACAGAGUUUUACUGUAACUGUUAUUGUUCUGAAAUGUUCUGUUGCCACAUUAUAUUGUUCUUUUAAAGGAAUAAUUCACCCAGAAAUGAAGAUUUGCAAAUAAUUUCCUCACUCUCAGGCCAUC